AUGUCUCGGCCAGAAGGUGAGGAGGGGAAGAUUGAGGAAUGGGAAGACGUGGAUGAACAAGCCGAAGAGGAAGAAGAAGAUACCACUAUCAACAACUCUGAUGUCGUGAUGCGGUACAAGAAGGCCGCUGUCUGGUGUAACGAGACGCUGCAGGUUCUUCUUGACGCCAUCGUACCUGGUGCAAAGGUUUACGACUUGUGCAAACUGGGUGAUGAAACGAUCGCGAAGAAGUUGAGGACGAUGUUUAGGGGCACAGAGAAGGGUAUUGCCUUUCCCACUUGCAUUUCGCUGAACAACUGCGUGGCGCACAAUUGCCCAUCUCCCGGUGACGAUGCAGCCUCACAAGUGGUGCAACUUGGUGAUGUUGUACACGUUGACUUGGGCAUUCACAUUGAUGGAUACUGUGCUCAGGUAGCGCAUACGGUACAGGUGACGGAAAACAAAGAGCUUGGUUCGGAUGAGAAGGCAGCGAAGGUAAUUACAGCUGCUUACAAGAUCCUUAACACUGCUGUGCGCAAGAUGCGUCCAGGCACAAAUGUGUAUGAGGUAACAGAGGUCAUCGAAAAAGCUGCUGCUCACUACGGCGUAACACCCGCGGAGGGAGUGCUUUCGCACAUGCUGAAGCGCUACAUUGUGGACAGCUUCCGCUGUAUUCCCCAAAAGAAGGUGGCUGAGCAUCUUGUCCAUGACUACACUUUGGAAGCUGGGCAGGUGUGGACAUUGGACAUUGUCAUGAGCUCUGGAAAGGGCAAACUGAAGGAGCGGGAUCUUCGUCCCUCCGUCUUCAAGGUAGCCCUGGACAGCAAGUACACCAUGAAGAUGGAGUCGGCACGUGAGCUUCAGCGAGAGAUUGAGUCAAAAUAUGGAACAUUUCCUUUUGCCUUCCGCAACUUAGAGACGAAGAAAGCUCGCCUCGGUCUAUCGGAGAUGGUAAAACAUAGUGCCGUUGUUCCGUACCCUGUGCUCUACGAGAAGGACGGCGAGGUAGUUGGGCAUUUCAAGGUGACGUUGCUCGUGACAGCCAAAAAGAUUGAAGUUGUGACUGGCUUGAAAAUGCAGAAGGCGCCAGAGCUUCCUCCAUACACCGACGAAUUGCUGCUGACAACGAGCAAGCUUCCGUUUUCGCUAGAGAAGAAGCGCAAGGAGUAG